AUCGCUACGAAAAAUAAUAAUAAUAAUAAUAUCAGCAACAAUGUUCGACGUACCACCGAAAUGCCCCGCUUUGGCCAACAAACUGACUGGCAUUUUCGGUUGGCGUCACACAUACAAAGUUGCAGCCAAGCACGAAGGCAUACAGCAUACAUUCCUGCAGAAAUCCUAUUCGUUAACAAUGCCGAAAAGACCGCCAUCACCAUACAAUGGGCAAAAGGAGCCUGAUUCUUGGGUAGCCGUCCACCAUCUACAAACACAGUCGGGUAUUCUCGAUCCAGACGAUUGCGUCGGUGAUGUCGCCGACGAUCGUGAGCAGAUACUUGCCAGCUUCGAUGAUAGCGGUCCCGAUCCGGGCGUACCGCAGGGCGGUGGCGAUGGUGCUUCUGGCAGCUCCUCUGUUGGCACGGGCUCUCCAGACAUAUUCCGCGAUCCAACGAACACAGAUGCGCCCACAAAUAGGCAACGCAGCGAUGUUUCUACGCCGCACAUUGAAGUCACAAGCACCACUGCCUGUCCCAUGACCGGUCUCGGACUGCAAGUGCGUCGCAGCAGCGAUCCAAAUUUGUUGGCUUCAUUGAAAGCAGAAGGCGGCAAUAAACGCUGGUCAGCAGCAGCGCCACAUUGCGGCGGAGAUUCGCCCGAUCGCGUGCUACUCGAUAAAAGCGGCUAUUUGGCGCCGCAGUGGGAGGAGGAAGAUGAUGGUCAACAUAAUGCAACAGCCGCGCCAGCGCAACAGCCGUUCGCGCGCUCGGGGCGCUUGUCUAUGCAGUUUCUCGGCGACGGCACUGGGUACAAGUGGAUAGAGGCUGCUGAAAAGUUACAACAUCCACAGCAGCAGCCGCACAACCAACAGCAACAACAUGCGCAGCAGCAAUCGCCACAUCAGUAUGCGCCGCCACAAGCGCAAAUGUAUACAACGAAAUCGCUGCCACGUGAGAGCAAGCGGAAAGAGCCGCUUGGUCAGGCGUACGAAUCGAUACGUGAGAAAGACGGCGAAAUGUUGCUCAUCAUCAAUGAGUACGGCAGUCCGCUUGGGCUGACGGCCAUACCGGAUAACGAACAUGGCGGCGGUUUGUUGGUACAGCACGUGGAACCUGGUAGUCGCGCUGAGCGCGGACGAUUGCGACGCGGUGAUCGCAUACUCGAAAUUAAUGGCACUAAGCUGAUUGGAUUGACUGAGAGUAAGGUGCAGGAAUAUUUGCGACGAUCGCUGGAGGCGUCGGAGCUACGCAUACGCGUAUUACGCGCGGGUUCCGGCGGCGGAAGCGGCAGUGGUAAUCAUCACAACGGCAGCAAAUCACGUAGACGUGACUCCAAGGUAGCGGAAAUGAUUGAGGCUGAGGAGAAAAUGGCCUCCUCAGUGGAGACUAAGGUGGCGACAGUGUCGCCAACCCGUAAGUCGCACACCGCUCCGGUAGGCACAUCACUGCAGGUGGCGAAUACACGCAAACUGGGGCGCAAGAUCGAAAUAGUGCUGAAGAAGGGUCCGAACGGACUGGGCUUUUCGGUAACAACGCGCGAUAACCCAGCUGGUGGACACUGUCCGAUUUAUAUAAAGAAUAUAUUGCCACGGGGGGCAGCCAUUGAGGAUGGACGCUUGAAGCCAGGCGAUCGGUUGCUGGAAGUGGAUGGUGUGCCCAUGACUGGAAAAACGCAAACGGAUGUGGUGUCUAUAUUGCGUGCGACGCAACCAGGCGCCACAGUUCGUUUGGUGGUUUCGCGGCAGCAAGAGUUGGCCGAGCUCGAUGAACGAGAAAUUAACUAUGAGGAAAAAGAGCGCGAUUUGAAUACACCCCCAAAGCCGCCAGCACCAGUGCUACCGUCUUCUUUACAAAAACAUCAGCGGCAGGAUAAGCUGCCGAAUGGCGUCAAAAAAUCUAACAGCGCCCGCUCGCUCUUCGAACAGCACCAACAACAGCAACAGUAUCAACUAAACGAAUCUCAGCAUUUCAUAGAUGCGGGCAGCGAGUCGGCAGCUUCAAGCGAUAGCCUCCAAGCGGGCAUAGCUUGGCGGUCACGUGAAGUGCUCACGCUACACAUACCCGUACACGAUACAGAGAAGGCCGGCCUGGGCGUUAGCGUCAAAGGCAAGACGAAUUCGAAUUCCAGCAGCGGCAGUGGCUCCUCCAUGAAGCACGACGGCGAUUUGGGUAUUUUCGUCAAGAAUGUCAUACACGGUGGUGCCGCCUCUCGUGAUGGCCGCCUGCGCAUGAAUGACCAGUUGUUGAGUGUGAACGGCGUGUCACUAUUGGGUCAAAACAAUGCCGAGGCUAUGGAAACGUUGCGCCGUGCCAUGGUCAAUAAUCCGGGCAAGCAUCCUGGCAUGAUUACUCUCUCGGUUGCGCGCAAGAUCGCACGCUCUGCCAGCUCGGGUGACAUACUCGAGCAGACGAAUAGCAGCUCGAAUACCAGCGAUAAUUCCGGCACCACCGUUAUCUACUUGAGUCCGGAGAAGAAGGAGGCACGCAGUGGUGGCAGUGGUUCAAAUGAAAUGAACAGAUGGAGCAAUCCCGUAUUAGAUCGUCUAACCGGUGGAGCUUGCUCGUCGAAUUCAUCUCAACAAGCGCGUCGCCCGUCACGAGACCACUUGAGCAUCGGUGUUAAUGGUGGUGGGGGAGCUGGUGGGCCCGGUAGCGCUGGCGUACAUGGUCUGCGCAACGAAAGCUACUACAUGGCAACAAAUGAAACUUGGUCGCCAGCCUUACAUCAGCAACAGAUGAUGAAUGGCCAUGUCAACAACAACAAUUCAGUUUUAAUCGAAGACGAUCCAGAGCCCAUAUCACCCACUCUUCCACACCGUCCUAAUGAUUCCGUGUGUACGCAGAGCGGCAGUGCUGGUGUCCAGAAUACUUCUACAGCACCAACCGCCGCGCCCGCGAGUUUCGAUGCUACUUAUUCCUCACAACUGAGUCUCGAAACGAACAAUUCAAGUGUGGAACAUUUCUCACGCGAUGCGCUCGGUCGCCGCUCGAUUUCGGAGAAACACCACGCCGCAUUGGAUGCACGCGAAACAGGCACUUACCAGCGUAACAAGAAGUUGCGUGAAGAACGCGAACGUGAACGGCGCAUACAGCUAACAAAGUCUGCUAUCUAUGGCGGCUCCAUGGAGUCGCUGACAGCGCGUAUCGCAAACGCCAAUGCGCAAAUUCCCGGCUAUAAACACACGAAAACCGCCUCUGGUGUUGAGGCGCAGCAGCUGCAGGCGGAAGCGCGUGAUCAAGUGGGCGAUUUAGGACCCUCAUUGGGUUUGAAGAAAUCCUCAUCUUUGGAGUCGCUGCAAACUAUGGUGCAGGAGAUACAAAUGUCGGAUGAGCCACGCGGGCCGACAGCUUUACGUGCGCCGCGUGGACGUGGACGUGAGGAUAGUCUACGCGCCGCUGUGGUGGCAGAUCCGGAGGCUGGCAAGCCACGCAAGCACUGGUUGCUCGAGGAGGGCACCGAUCAAGAUGGCGGCUUUGCGCACCGAAACGGACCCUUUCAGAGUUCGCUGAACGAUGGCAAGCAUAAGUCGCGCGCCAAGAAGCCGAGUAUAUUGCGUGGUAUCGGACAUAUGUUUCGUUUCGGCAAGAAUCGUAAAGAUGGCGUUGUACCGGUAGAGUCGCAGCCGUCUUCGGUGGCUGAACGUCCGCCGGCCAGUUUGCCCAACAAUCAGUUGCCCGCAGCAGCAUUGGCUGCACUCGAUCGAAAUACGAAAAUGCUACCGCCAGCAUAUCAACCGCCACCGCCUUUGCCGCCAGCAAAUAGCGCUGGGCCGGGUGGCAGUGGCCCAAACGGUGGCGGUGGCGGAGUGGGUAAUAUGUCGGCGAGCGCGUUGAAUGGCAUACAUCAUAAUGAUAUUUUCAAUCAUCGCUAUCAGCACUAUGCCAACUACGACGAGCUGCAUCAGCAACAGAUUAGCGAAAGCGAAAACAACGUGACUAAACAAAAUCAAAAUAGUACAGAUGUUUUAUCGGAGUCGACAUUAGAAUGCAUGCGGCAACAAGUUAUCAGGCAGCGCAUUAAAGUCGAAGCGGAAAGUCGCCGUCAUCAACAUUACCAUUCUCAACGCAGUGCGCGCUCACAAGACAUCAAUCCGCAGCAUCAUCAUGCAGCCAUAUUAAACAACCGAGGCGACGCUGGAAGCAUUGAGAAGAGUGGCGGCCUACUGCGACCCUCAUCAACCUACUAUGAAUAUGAGACAGUGCAACAUAAUGUGAGUCCAGCGGCAGCGGCAGCACAGCAUCAUCAACUACGUAGCGGUAGCCUGAAACAGAAUGGACAUCACUCGCCGAUUACGGUGAAUGGUAUGCAACAGCAUCAGCAACAGAAACAGCACCAACAAUAUAACAGCAGCAAUAACCAACACCACCACCUCCCUCAAAAACAACAACACCAGCAGGCGCAACAACAAUCAGGUCCGCCACCAGCGCAACCGCAUUGGAAGGCAGCCGCCUUAAAUGGCUUUUCCCCCGCCACGCUCAACAGCAGUGCACGCAGCCGCGGCCCAUUUGUCACGCAUGUGACUAUACGCGAUCAGAGUUCGGCGGCGAUUGCCGCGCAACCCACAUACCAAACAGUACAGAAGCAGCAGCCACAAUUCGCAAGUGCUGUCGUUAGCGGUGGCGCGCAGCCGCAUGCGUCGAAAGUGUGACUAUAGGUGCCGGAGCUACGCCCGAGGCGUGGCGGCGAAGUGCAAACAAGCUGGGAGAUGGGGAGCAGCGGUGCGUGCGCUAGACGACGGGAGAGCGAUGCAAAUGAUUGUGGCGAUGGUGGCAAUAGUGGCAGCAAUGAUGAUGGCGAUAAUGAUUACGAUGAUGUGGACGCAGAUUUAGUGGAGAUUUUCUACCUGGCCACGGAAUGUUGAAAUGUUGCAAAUGUUUUUCUAAGUCAACAGCAAAAGAUGAAAAUUUUACACUUACAUACAUAUGUAGCUAUUGGCAUUGAAGCAAAAUCCUUAAAUCAUGAGACUGUAGCGAAGCGAACAGAAAUCGAAUUACAGUGCAGCUGACAUGCAAUUACGAAAGAGAGGAAUUUUUUAUUAUAGUUGUGUGUAUAUAUAUUAUUUGUAAUGUUAAGGGAAUUCGAAAUGAUAACAGUGAAAGAGCUACAGUAUCGUAAAGUGAAAGAAGUGUGAUUACGCAUCAUAUUUGGCUCGGAAUUGUACAUUUCAAAAUUAUUUUUUGUUUUAAUUUCCGCUUAGAAUUUUGCAUAUUAUGCAAUUAAACAGUAUUUUUUGUUCAUUUAAAAAGCGAUUACGUUCUCACUGUCACGCGCGUUCUUAAGGGUGAGCGAUGAGUUCGAAAGUCUAAUUGAGAAAAUGAAACGAAUAAAAACCACAAAAAUAACGAAACGAAAAAUUAAUUUGGCAUACCAAUGUCUAUUAAGUUUAUGGCUAAGAGUUAGAUUAGAAAAAAGGUUACAAUUAAAAACGGCAUUCUGUCAAACGUUUAUUUAUGAAUAUGUAGUUUUAUUACAUACAUACAUACAAAUUUAUAGUAGUUAUUGUAAACAAGCAUUACAUUUUGCUUUGAGAAAUUAUGCUGGAAAAAUAUGCUGCUCUAAUAUUGUUUUCUUUUUAUAAUUUUCCUAAGAAAAGAUAUAAAUAAAUAAAUGCUCUUUAUGGAGUUAUAUUCUAAUGUGGUAUAAAAAUAUAUUAAGCCUAAGCAAAAAAGUUAAUCAUGUUUCUUAAUUUCAUUUUUUUGUUAAAAAAUUUUUGUAUUCCAACUAUUGGUUAUAAAACAUUUACUUGUAAAAAAAUGCGCCCACAUGCAUAUACAUAUACAAAAAUUAAAUACAAAGCUCGUAUUUAGCACAGAAAAAAUGAAGAGAUUUUUGAAUAUCCAAAAAAAUAGGUUUUUAUGUACAUACAUACAUUCCAUACAAAAACGAUAAAUGCUUUUUAGCGCUGAAGAAUAUAAAAAGCUAAAAAAUAAAUAAAGGUAAUUUACUUUGGUUUCCCAAAUUAAGUUAAAAAAAAAACACGAAAAUUAACACUAUUCCAAAAACCAUAAACAACUGAACGAAUUAAAUAGUUCACACAGUAAAGCAACUUUCCUAAUGAUGAAAUCUGUGGACAUUUGGCAAAACAACUUCACUUGGGUGCCUCUAUUUUUUUUUGUUUACUAUUAGCACUAAAUCGUUGUGUUGCAAUGCAAACUUAGGAAUUUCUUCUUCUUAAAAUUCCAUAUCUUUCACUUAAAGUUAUUUGAAAAAUAUCGACUAAAAGGUCUGAAAUUUUUAGAAAAAGCUUUUGCUUAGUUUGCAUGCACACGGCCCAAUAUUGUAACUAUUUACAAUCAUAAAUGUAGUUUCAGAAGUCCUUUUAAUUAAUAAAAGCUCUAUAAAAAUAUAGAGUUGUUUAUGGAAGUCUAUUGUUUUUUUUUUCAUCUAAAAUCAAACCUUCUAGAAUAACAUAAGUUGUUUUGUCAAAAGCCCACAGAAGGUCUAAUUUUAGAUAGAAUUUCCUUCUAACUCCCUACAAUAGUCAGCAAUUGUUGAUGUAAAUGGUCAAAAACCAUCAAACUGCUAGAAAUAUGCACACAUUUUUCUUCCUUUGCCAGCAAUACUAUUCACCACUUUC